GUGAGCGUACCGCGAAAUCGAGGCUGCCAUAAUUGAGUGACAGGUGCCCGUCAACAAGUUAGCUCUUGUAGAUCAAUAAAUAAACGUGUAUACAUAAGUUUCCAGUGUAAACAAUGGCGGCCACAGGACGUAAGAAUCAAGAACUUAUUGCUAAAUCUAAGCAGGCGUUGAAAACCUGUAAAGAUCCACUGGAAAUGCUUCGACUCAAAUGUCUGGAACGAGGAGCUAGCGGCAUUAAAGGACUUGGAAGAACAUUCAAAAUCAUGGACGAUGAUGAAAGCCAUUCUCUAGAUUUCAAAGAAUUUAAAAAGGGGAUCAGAGACUACGGCCUGCUAAUGGAAGAUGAAGUUAUAAAAGAACUUUUUGUACAAUUGGACAAAGAUGGAAGCGGCCAAUUAGAUUUUGAUGAGUUUUUGAAAGCACUUCGACCACCUAUGUCCAAUGCCAGAAAAACCCUCAUAAACCAGGCCUUCAUGAAGCUGGACCGGUCGGGAGAUGGUGUUAUCACCGUAGAAGACUUGAAAGGUGUUUACAAUGUCUCUAAACAUCCUAAAUAUUUGAAUGGGGAAUGGACGGAAGAACGAUGCCUUCGAGUGUUCCUCGACUCAUUUGACUCGAAUGAUAAAGACGGGAAGGUUACGAAUGACGAAUUUCUCAACUAUUAUUCAGGCGUUAGUGCCUCAAUCGAUAGUGACGCUUAUUUUGACCUGAUGAUGAGAAAUGCUUGGAAAAUGUAGGACUACUAAGUCUUAAUCAAGGCUUAAUACAAAAUGAAAAGAUGGAUAACGAAGGAGGAGUUCCUCAACUACUACAGCGGUGUUAGUGCCUCCAUUGACAGUGACGCAUACUUUGAUUUAAUGAUGAGAAACGCCUACAAAGUUUAAAAAUAUUAGACACUUAGUAACUAAUACUCAAGACUGCUUUGUUCAGAAUUUGUUUUAAAAUUUUAGUAUUUUGCUUUAUUUUAUCAGACAAAUUAAUUUUAGAUUAUGACUGUGAUCCUUAAUUAAGAGAAGUCUUCCUAUCAACAAUAAUAGACAUUUAAACUUCUGAAUGUAACCAGGGCGAUUUUCUGAGUUAAUUCUUAACUGAGUUCGUUGUUAAUGUUAAGUUGAUCUGUUUAGUUAUUUGUUUAAAAUAUGGGCAAUAGUUACAUACAAAUUACAAAAAUCUAUAGCAGUUAGUUUAUAUAGCGUAGGUGCCAACAUUCAUUGGACAUUCUUCAAAUACAUAUUCAAUACAUCUAUCUGUUUUGAUUGACCACUCAUGGAAUGUCAUAUACAAAACAUAUUGCGGAAAGGACAAAAUUUCCAUAUUUUCACAAUAGAUUUCUGGAAAUUUAAUGUUAUUUUACAUUAUGGCUGAAAUGUAUCAAUAUCUAUUUUGUAAGUUUCUGUUUAAAGAAGUAUCCUUUUUUGUAUAAUUCUUGGUAGUCUCUGUCCUUUUCUAUAUAUUUAUUGUUUUGUUAAUUGUUCAAAAGAGAUCUGUGUAUAUAAUUUGUACAUAAAUUUGUAAAACAUGUGUGCACUUCCCAUACAGGAGUUAACUACUACAAUACAUUUUAUCUAUAUUUUAAGCAUCCAGAACUUUAAUCAUUUUAAAAAGUAUAUUUUUAACUUAUGUGAUAUUAACUUGUGCAUUUUUAUUUUUAAGGACCACAAUUUACAUUAAAUGCAUGUUUCACUUUUCAAUAUUUUAUGGGACCAUUUCAAGAUCUGAUUCAUUGUAACCAUAAAGUUAAUUGACUUCUUUGUAUUAAACUUUUACAAGCCCCUAUUUUUGCAGAAUGCUCAAAAGGCUUGAAUAGAAUGUUCUGUGUUAUGACCAUGUCCUUAGAAAUAAAUUAUAAUAGACAAUGUA